AUGUAUCGACAAUCUCGAGAUGAAGAUCAUGAAGAAAUGUGUACGACUAAUGCUCUUGUGGUAGCAGCAGUCGCUGAAGCUAAAGCAUCCUCCGGAUCACGACGAUGGGGUUCUCAACCGGGGGGUGCACAGAAUGAGGAGCGCUUUAGGGAAUCAAGAAGGAAAAACAUGAUGGAAGAUUACUUUGUGGAGUGUCCAGUUUUCAGUGAAGAGGUAUUCCGGACACUGUACAGGAUGAGUCACAAUGUUUUCAACCGCAUCUCCAGUGACCUUUGUCGCUAUGACCAGUACUUUGUCCAGAAAUCAGAUGCUGCUAAGAAAGUUGGGCUGGAGAAUACAGCGGAUGAAAAACGUGUGCCCACUAUCAUCCUCGAAGCAGUCGCUUCUUAUGACACAUGGAUAUGGCAUGCCUUCUUUGGAAUGCCUGGAUCAUGCAAUGACCUCAACGUGCUUGCUAAGUCCCUGUUGUUUGACGAGCUCACUGCUGGCUACUAUCUCGCUGAUGGUAUUUAUCCGCAAGGGGCAACUUUCGUGAAAUCAAUUCCAAGGCCUACACGACCCAAGGAUCUGAAGUUUUCCCAGGCUCAAGAGGGGUAUAUGAAGGAUGUGGAAAGAUGUUUCGGCAUUUUACAGUCGCGCUUUAGUAUUGUUCGAGUAGCGGCUCGUGGCUGGGAUAGAGAAGACCUUCGAUACAUCAUGCUGACUUGUAUUAUAUUACACAACAUGAUAAUUGAGGAUAAAAGACCAGAUGACAGUGAUCAGGAUUUGGAGUCCGAUGAAGAAGGGGAUAACAAUAUGAGGCCCAGGUUUGGGAAGGACUGA